AUGACGUCUGGCAAAUUGCAUCCGAGCCACUGCUACACCCGCCUCUGGCUGCUCGCCACAGCGUAUAUCGUGCGCAUCGUAUCGAUGGCUUCUACCACUGCAAAGCGGUCCUUCGUCCACUGGUGUCCCUUGGCGCGCUUCUCGCGGAUCGACCAGUGCGCUCGUUUCGCGUAUACUCUUUUGACGCUCCCGUUUGUCGACACGGUUCAGUUGAUCCAGUAUGGUACGAAAGCAGUCGUGCUACGCAUGAGCCGUCUUCCGUGCGGCUCAGAAAACAGACAACGUGUCGUGCGUCGUGCCAACCGUAACGAACAGCAAGCGUCGGCCGGCACGAUCGACACUUCGCUGACGACUCCUCACUCGCCAUCGAAAUGUGUAUCCCGAAGACUUGUCGACAAGCAAGUGCUCCCGAUGGCAGACCACGCUCGUGUGUCCACCAUUGGUGAUGCAUUGCCACCUCCGUCACUUCCGCACGACAGUACACAGCGUCUAUCCGACGGCUAUGACCUCCUCGCAAGUCAAUGGGCUCAAAUGGCGACGGAGACACGACAAUUCUAUGCGCACAUUGCCAAGCUUCAGUCGUCGUUCAUGGAGAGUGAAGCCUUCCUGAUGCAGGAACCGUUGAACGGUUGA